AUGUCGUCUUCUCUUACCUCUCAGAACCGAUUCGCCUACUUCGGCAACGACGAAGAUGGCGAUGCUAAGCCCAACGCCCCCGUCAAGACUGUCGACAAGGCCACCACCCACACCACCAAGCGAGGUGUUGAACCCCAGGCUCCCGUGAGAGCGGGUGGUGCUACCGGUAACCGCCGUGGCGGCCCUGGUGGUAGCGAGGGUGCCUUCCGCGAUCGCAACGCUGGCGCCUCUCGCAACCAGGCUCGCUCCACUGACGAGGCUCCCCGUGAGGGCGGUGCCCGUGGUGGCGCUGGAGCCCGUGCCCGUGGCGGCCGUGGCAGCCGUCGCCCCCGUGACCAGGAUGAUCGUCAUUCGCGCCAGAACCGAGACACCACUGCCAAGCAGACUGCUCAGGCCUGGGGCUCCAACGAGGGUAACGCCGAGCUCAAGGACGAGCAGGCCGGUGAGGCUAUUGCCGAGGGCGACAAGAACGCUGCUCCCGAUGCUGAUGCCGAGCCCGCUGAGCCCGAGGACAAGAGUGUCUCGUACAGCGACUACCUCGCCCAGCAGGCCGAGAAGAAGCUCGCUCUUGGCGGCCACAAGGUCCGUGAGGCCAACGAGGGCAGCAAGCUCGACAAGAAGUGGGCUGGCGCCAAGGCUCUCGAGAACGAGGAGGAGGAGUACGUCACCGGUGGCAGCGGCAAGAAGCAGCGUGAGCGUGAGCGCAAGGUCAAGCAGACUAUUGACUUUGACCCUCGCUUCGUCGAGUCUGACCGUCCCCGUGGCGGCGCCCGCGGUGGUGCCCGCGGUGGCCGUGGUGGUGACCGUGGUGACCGUGGUGGUGACCGCGGCGACCGUGGCGAUCGUGGCGACCGUGGUGACCGCGGUGGUCGCGGUGGUCGCGGCGGCGAGCGUGGUGCCCGUGGUGGUGCCCGUGGCGGUCGCUCUGCUGGCCCUGCUGCUAACAUCAACACCAAGGACGAGUCUGCCUUCCCCAGCCUCGGCAAAUAA